UUGUCAUCUAUAUGUCAUUACGUGGCUCAAGUCAUCGAAGAAACUAAUACGAGCAAAACAAGCUGCCGAUACUUAAAAUAAUAACUCAAAUAUUUUAGUUUAUUACCAAUUAAAACAAUGGACUGUUUAUAUAGAUCUUUAUUAAUAUAUUCUGUUGUGAUUAUAUCAUUAUUAAAUAGAGCAAAUGGGUAUACAAUCACAGUUGACGCACACGCCGAAGAAUGCUUUUACGAAAAUGUUGAAGCCGAUACAAAAAUGGGGUUAACAUUUGAGAUAGCAGAAGGAGGCUUCCUAGACAUAGACAUCACAAUCACUGGUCCAGACGGAGCAGUGAUACAUAAGGGUGAAAGAGAAUCAUCUGGUAUUUACACAUUCUCUGCACCCACUUCUGGACGGUAUACUUAUUGCUUUAGCAAUAAAAUGUCUACAAUGACACCAAAGGUGGUAAUGUUCAAUUUGGAAAUUGGAGAAGCGCCAAAUAAGAAUGCUGGUGAAAAUGAUGAGGAAGCUAAUCACAAUAAUUUAGAGAAUAUGAUCAAAGAACUAGGAGCAACACUCAAAACUGUAAAAAAUGAACAAGAAUACAUGCAGGUGCGCGACCGCAUCCACCGUGCUAUAAAUGAGAGCACAAACUCACGUGUGGUGAUGUGGUCCAUCUUUGAGGCUUCAGUACUUCUAGUCAUGACUUUAGGUCAAGUUUACUAUCUCAAGAGAUUCUUCGAAGUACAACGCGUCGUUUAACAGUGCUAUUGUGUUGUUUUAUACUUUAUUAAGUUACAAUAAAAAAAAUUAAACAAUAAAAAAAACAUAGUGA